CCUAUGCGGCAAAUACAACUGCAAGCGGUGGAUCACUCGGAUUGCUAAUCGAUGAGGAACGUAGCAAGCUACGAUAAUCGGCGCGAAUUGCGGAAUACGCUGAGCGCUCGACCUUCUAACGCAAAUUGCGGCCUGGGAGCUUUUCCUAGCCAGGAUAUGUUCGCUACAGUAAGUCUACCGUCUAUAUACUUCGCCUCUCUCCACUCUAUAAAGAGUGGUGAUGCGAGAUAUGACGGCAAGAGACAUGAGUACCUGAGUAGGGAUACUCUAAGCAAUAGCCGUGCUGGGAGUGCAUUUUCUCAUUUCUCGUGCUCGAGCCUCGACCGGUGUGAAAGUCUUGCACUACCAUUACUAGCCUAUGAGCUGUGGUUGGGUAACUAUGUACUCACAUGCACACCGGACACGAAUCUCUGCUUAGCAGGGUCAUCACAUUGCCAUACAGAUGCAUUGGAUGAACAUCCUGUAUGGUUAAUGGAUUCGCUAUAUUGUGAUUCGGAGGCAAGUAGAUCGGUACUCUAUCCGACCCGUCUUGAAACACGGACCAAGGAGUCUAACAUACAUGCAAGCCGAACAGUCUUGAAUAGGCUCGGAAGGCGCAUUGAAAGAAACAGGUAUGAUGUGGGUACACUCUUUACUUCAAUUUACCCGAAAGAUGGUGAACUAUGCCCGGGCAAGAUGAAGCCAGAGGAAACUCUGGUGGAGGUCUGUAGCGAUUCUGACGUGCAAAUCGAUCGUCAGAUCCGGGUAUAGGGGCGAAAGACUAAUCGAACCAUCUAGUAGCUGGUUUCCUCCGAAGUUUCCCUCAGGAUAGCUGGCAU